AUGCCAGAAUCUUUUUCUCUCAACUCACUAGGCAAUACAGUGGGAGCAAUCUAUUUGGGUGUACUACUUGAUGCUCUGCUGUUCGGUGUCACCAAUGUGCAAGCAUACAUGUACUUCCACAGUUGUGAACGGGAUCGCACAACGCUGAAGCUCCUGAUUGUAAUGCUGUGGAUCUUGUCCGCGCUGCACACCGCAUUCGGAGCAUAUUCACUUUGGUUUGACCUAAUCACGCAAUUCGGGAACUACUUCAACUUAUUGCAUCCCCUAUGGUAA